AUGACCAUCCCCGUUCUCGACGCGUCUGCCCUUUCCAAUGGCACGGCCGAGCAACGCGCCGAGUUCGCAGCCAAGCUCCUCGACAGCUUGACGACGUACGGGUUCGCGAAGCUGGUGAACCACACUGUCCCUGUCCCGCUGGUCCAGGAGACAUUUGACCAGAUAAAACGCUUCUUCAAACUCCCAUACAACGUGAAACUCCCCCUCCGCAACGACCCCAAGCAAGGCCAGCAGCGCGGAUGGAGCGUCCCGGGCGAGGAGAAGACGUGGUGGCUCGAGAGCAACACGGGGGACGUCAAGGAGCCGACCUUCAGCGAUAACAAGGAGAGCUUCGACUGCGGGCACCCAGGCGACAAAAUCUUCCCGAACAAGUGGCCCGCGGAGCACGACCUCCCAGGCUACAGGGACACAAUGGAGCGCUUCUUCUUCAGCUGCGGGGCCCUGACGCUCGACCUUCUCGACGCACUAGGCUGCGCACUGGAUCUAGGCGAGAUCUUCACGGCGCGGUGCACGAACGAGGCGAGCACGAUCCGCAUCAACCACUUCCCGCCCAUUGAUCGGGCGACGCUGGACGCGGGCAAGAUCAGCCGCAUCUGGCCGCACAAGGACUUCGGGAUCAUCAGCCUUGUCUUUCCGGAUGUCACGCCGGGGCUGGAGUACGAGGAUCGUCGGAACCCGGGGACGUUUGUGCCCAUGCCGUAUGGGUCGGAGGAGGAGGUUGUUGUGAUUGUGAGUGAGACGAUGCAGCGCUGGACGAAUGGGGGGAUUCCGGGGGGGCUGCAUCGGGUUACCAGGCCCAGGGAGUGUGUCGGGGAGACGGUGCCCGAGCGCUGGAGUCUGGUGUACUUUAACAAGGCGGAUCGGGGGGUUAAUGUUGGGCCGUUGAGGGAGUUUUUGGAUGGGCAGGAGGCGGUUUAUGAGGAUUUGACGGCGCUGGAGUAUCAGACGUUAAGGAAUGCGGCGCAUUAUCCGGGGUGA